AUGAGAAAUAAUGUAGUCACUGACAGCCGAGAUAUAAAAUUUAACGUAUAUUCUUUAAUUUCAUUACCAAGCGCAGCUUCACGUAUAGGUCCUCCUAUGUCAUUUACUGGUUUUCGUGCUGUAAAUGUAGCAGCUUUACAUCAGAUAAACUGGAAGACGUUUAUUGUAGGCGGCAGAGUUUCUGAGUAUCUGCAUUCAUGAUGUCAAGAACAAGGUGCACAUUAGACCAGUUGCCUCACACUUUGAUAAUGCCAACCACUCUUUUUCUGAUAUAAAAGUCGCUUUUACUCAUCCCAGCACCCGUGAAAAUGAUACCUGCAAAAGUCUGAUCUUCAUAGUUACUUCGUACUCAUCCAUAUUGUCUCAAUGAGCGUAGUUCGUGAUAUGUCACUUUCAUCAGUGCAUAUAAUACAUGAAGCAGAUUUAGUGACAUCAUUUCUUUCGUUUGUAGGUACAAACAGAAAAUUCUCAUUCCCAUUCCCAUUCCCAUUCUCACUUUCCGGAGAUCAUGAAAGGCACAGAAGUUAACAGUGACGACUGUCACGACAGUGAAAGUAUUGACGAAGAUUACAAAGAACAUGUUCCCGAGAGAAAUGAAAAGGAUCUUAAUCAUUAUCCUCUAAUAAUAUGGAUGAUUGUCAUAGGUGAGAGAGCGUUUUAAUUGGUCGGUUUAUAAUUAUGUUAAUGUUCGCCACAAGAUUAUGUCUGCACUUUUAUAUAUCUCAAUUAUACUGCAUGUCAAAUACGUCAUGCAUACGCAGAAUACCGUAUACCCGAUAGUUGAAUUCGUUCAGCAUUUCUUAAAAAUUACAAUGCUUCGUACAGAUUUCAUAUGGUCCUUAUUAACACACAUAGGUGACGCCGUUCACUCCUUUACAGACGGUAUAGCCAUUGGCGGUGCAUAUGCCAAAUCAUUUUAUGGAGGUCUGGGUACGACAGUAGCCAUCGUAUGUCACGAAGUGCCACAUUGCGUUGGUAAGAUAUCAAUAUAUGUUAUUGUUUAUGAAAGUGCGGAAAAUGCUCAUCUGGCCUUACUUGCAGGUAAAAGCCCAUAUCUGACUACCAUAGUAGUAUGCUCAUGUUUGAUUACGAAACACAACUACAAUGGAAGGGUUAGUUUGGGAUAUUUUCAACCAAUCCUGUCAAAAUUCCCAGUGGGAAGAAACAGGAGUAGCCAUAAAAAACACACAAGUUUCCGUAGAGCGUUGACUAGCUCUUUCACAUGCAUGAGUGUUAUGACUCCGUAGCGAUGAGAGGUCGGAAAGGCGCUUGCUUUGAGGACUUGUCACGACUACGCCACCGACGCCCCAAGCCUACAGAAACCAAAUAACAUAAUUGAAUUUUGGUUUUUAUCCAUUACUUAUAUAAUAAUUCUGAGUUGGCUAAAUUUUUUUUAGGAGAUUUUGCUGUCAUGGUUACAACGGGAUUAACAUAUAAAAAAUCACUUUUCCUACUUACAGUUGUCAUGCUUCCAAUGUACUUGGGAAUGAUUCUCGGGGCAACAUUAAGUCAACUGAUGGAUCUAACAAGGGUAAUCUUCGCAAUAUCAGCCGCGAUGUUUUUAUUCAUCUCCUUAACAGAACUGGUAAGAUAUUCCUUUACUAGAAAAUACAUGCAUGCAGAAACCUUCGCCUUGCUGACAAAACCAUUGUAUUUUCCGAACAUGAAGUAUGUAAAGUAGUUGUCAUGAUAACACGAUAAUUUUAUAAGAAUAUUCUUACAAAUGAAAAAUCGCCUAGAAAUAUCACUUUUAAUUACAAAAUUAUCAAUUUCCCAACAUAUAUAUGUUACAUAUGUUAUCAUACGUAAUAUAAGCUUCAAUUUAAGGUAAAAUUCAACCACAAACGCUUCGCAAAACGUUUUUAAAGUGUUUUUAAUAAAACUAAACUGCCUUUAAUUAAAUUUCUUUAUCGAUAAACUUUGAGCUUGCGAUAAAAUGAUUUCAAAUUCUCGCAUGCAAAUAACUUUGCUUUCUUUUUUUAUUUAAAAAAUUCACUAUAAUAAUAAAGGGAAUCAAUAUUAAAGAUACACUGAAAUUAUAUGCUGUCUUGUUUAGUUGUUUCAUAUACGCAAAGGCCGUCGGGUUUUAAAGGCAUUAUAAAAUCAAUAUUUAAAACAAACUUACUUCCGUUAACGUCGGCUCCCUUCUUUUAGCAGAUUCUUUCGCAGUUUCUUUCUGAGAGAGCUUUUGAAAUUUACAAAAUCUUGCAAAAAUGCGAGUAAAAAUGAAAUAUAUUUGCAAGAAAUUUAUCAAUCAUCAAAUCAAGAAAUGUUUGCUAUUUCGCUGUCGUCAUGCAGUCGUUAUAAUGCAAACUUUAAAUUGGACCAAUCAGCGUCCGCUAUUCAUGACAGUCCGCCAUAUUUUUGAGAUCAGUGAGGAUGACCACACACCCAACACUCGAACACCGUUGGUGACCCACGCCCACGAUGAUUGAUGAACUUUAGACUUCGCUAAUGCUUUCGUUUCCCCGGGUGUAAAUAGCCGGGGGGAAUUAGUACCCUCGCACGGCUGGGGACAAAAUAUAUUAAAAGCUAAAAACGCUUGUCUUUACAUAUUUCUGUACCUCUCGUGCGUGAUAAAUCGACGCACUUCGAUCUUUUGAUGAUCGAUGAAUAUUUACCCACUAAUGUUUGCAUCCUUGUAAAGCAAUGUGUAUCAAUUUUAACCCUAACCCUAAACACUGUACGUUAUAGGUGAAAGAUAGGUCGGCUAUAUUGCGAGUCUGCGAUUCACAGCACAGAAACCCCAGGUUAUAUAGUUGUUUAUAUACUUUUAGCCCGCAUAGCAUUGGGCCAUGCUCUUGGGGUCAGCGGCGGAAAUCUCGGUGGGACGGGGGGAGGGCGCCUCCUUCGCGCCCCCUAAAAGAGGGCUAAAAACAGCCUUUUCGAGUGUAAAUGGGGGGGUCGGAAAUCAGUGAAACUUUUGUCGGAAAUUUGGGAGGCUUUGCCCCCUCCCCCCCCCAAAAAAAAAGUGAAUUUCCGCCACUGCUUGGGGUUACUAUUAAAAAUAGAACGAAGGGACAUAGCGCCCAAAAGACUUGCAUACGGCUCCUAAAACUUUCUUCGAUUUUUCGACUUUAAAUGCAUUUCUUUCGAAUUUAAUCGAUAUCUCCGGCAAGAAUGAUAACAUACAACUCUCAAAACAACGAUGCUUUAAUCAAAGACCGUAAAUUCGCUUCAAAAUACUCGAAGGAACGACAAAAUUCGGCUAAAAUAUAUCCCAGGCAUGUAUGUAGGUGCUGUGUAGUAAACAGGAAGUCGUUAAGCCACUAAUUGACCAAUAUAUUCAAAUGCUCUCUCCACUGUAUUCAAAUGUUUUCUCCUACAUGCUAGGCCUCGGAUGUAUUUUGGCCGAAUUUUGUCGUUCUUUCGAGUAUUUUGAAGCGAAGUUAAGCUCUUUGAUUAAAGCAUCGUUGGUUUGAGAGUUGUAUGUUAUCAUUCUUGCCGGGAAUAUCGAUUAAAUUCGAAAGAAAUGCACUCAAUUAAAGUCGAAAAAUCGAAGAACGUUUUAGGCGCCGUAUACAAGUCUGACCUAUUUUGGGCGAUAUGUUUCCUUCCUAGUUCCUUCUAUUUUUAAUAGUAAUCCCACGAGCAGGCGCGGCGACACGGCCCAUGCGGUGCUAUGUGGGUUAAAAAUAUAAACAACUAUAACCUGGGGUUCUGUGCCAUAACUCGCAGACUCGCAACUCACAAACUCGCAACUCGCAGACUCGCAAACUCGCAACUCGCAGACUCGCAACUCGCAUACUAGACAAACUGGGUUAAAGAACAGCUCGAAAAUAAGUAAAACACACACCAAAUCAUUGUAUGUAUGUAUAUGUAUGUAUAAACUUUAUUUCAACACGGAAAUCUCAUCAUUACAAACAAUGCUCUUCCUGAGAGCCGUGCAUAUAUACAAUUAUGUAAAAUUAUAAAUCUACGUAUAAAUAUAGGAAGAAAGGAGAGAAAGGGAAACAAAGGGUAAACUAGAUUUUACGAUAAUUUGAAUGAUUAUAUUACAUAUAUACAAUAAAAGCAUUAGAGACUAAGAGAAUCUCGUAUACUAUUAGAAACCUUCGUUUUGAAAGCAAUGACAUCCUCGGUUGAUUUGAUGUCAUCACUUAGAGAGUUCCAGGUGACCGCUCCACUGUAUGUUAAACUAUUUUUCAUGAAGUUUGUGCUAGGUUUUGGAAGAGAAAAAUUCACCUGGCUACCCCUUACAUUGUAGUCAUGCAUUUGAUUCCUUCUGGAAAAUUGUGAUGUUAGAUACAUAGGUGCAUCAUUAUUUGCUAUUUUAUGCAUUAAUAAUGCCUUAUUCAAGUGCCACCUAUGUUCCAACGUAAGCCAGCCUAAUUUUUCUAAAAUUUCCGCAGAUCUAAUAUCAUAUCCAGAACGUGUGAUAACCCGCCCAGCACGAUUUUGUAAUUUCUGAAGUUUCUCUUUAAAACCUUUAUUGCAGUUAUCCCAUACCGAUGAACAAUAGUCGAAAUGCGGUUGUAUAAUUGCAUAAUAUAUUUUCUUUAAUGCGUCUACUGGAACAAAAUCACGAAUUUGUCUCAAGACACUAAGGCCACUCUUUACCUUCUUUACAGUAUUACUUAUGUGCUCAUGCCAGCUAAGAUUUUCGUCAACAGUAACACCUAGAUUUUCGUCAACAGUAACACCAAUGGGUUCAGGGUGAAGUGAACCAAUUAUACACAUUAUACUCUUGAACUCUGGUCAACCUAAAGACUUAAUAAUAAUAAUAAUAAUAAUAACAAUAACAAUAACAAUAACAAUAACAAUAACAAUAACAAUAACAAUAACAAUAACAAUAACAAUAACAAUAACAAUAACAAUAACAAUAACAAUAACAAUAACAAUAACAAUAACAAGGACAAGGACAAGGACAAGGACAAGGACAAGGACAAGAACUAGAACAAGAACAAGAACAAGAAUAAUAAUAAUGAUAAUGAUAAUGAUAAUGACAACGACAACGACAACGACGACGACGACGACGACGACGACGACAACGACGACAACGACAACGACAACGACAACGACAACGACAACGACAACGACAACGACAACGACAACGACAACGACAACGACAACGACAAGAACUAG